UUAGUGGCCAGUGUUGGGCAAAAGAUUGUUAGGAAGAAACAGUUUAAUGGAUCAUGAACUGACAUGUUGAUACUGCAGAAGACAGAGAAGUGACAACAUUCUGAUAAAAAAAGAAAGACAAAGUAAUAAAGUGUGAGGUAGGUGGUUUAGAUAAGUGGGGAAAACAGUGUGAAGCAGAACAAAGAUGAAGAUUCGUGGAAUGCAGAUCUGGGGCUUCCUGUUAGCGGUACUGGGCUGGAUCUUUGUCGCCUGCUCCAUGGCUAUGGAGGGCUGGAAGAUCUCCUCUAUCGGAGGGCAAGGUGGGAGCUCCGUCAUUACAGUGGGCUGGUACUGGUCCAGUCUGUGGAGGGCCUGCUUCACCAACUCUGCUGCCACAUCCAACUGCUACGACUUCCCCGUGCUGUGGUCUGUGGAAGGUUAUCUUCAGAUCGUGAGGGCUCUGCUCAUGUCUGGGAUGGCUGUCGGAGUGCUGGCCUUCAUCCUGAGUCUCGUGGGAAUGGAAUGCACUUACAUCGGAGGAAAAGACAAAGAGAAGAACCGAUCCGUGUUCACAGGAGGCAUCUUUCACAUAACAAGUGGUAAAUGUAUUCUUAAUAAACAACAGAAGCAUUGUAAACUAGACUUGCAUGUGUGUUUUACUGUGUCUGUUCUCAAAGGUAUGCUGGCUGCCUCUGGUUAUGCUCUUUAUGCUCAGCAUGUUUCUGCAGAAUUUUUCAACCCCAGAUUUGAUGGACUGCAAUUUGACUUGGGAACUCCCUUGUUCCUGGGAUGGUCAGGAUGUGCUCUUCAGAUCACUGGAGGGAUUUUCUUCCUAGUUUCAGUCUGGAAGAUCUGGUCUCAGACAUACAGCAGUGCACCAGUUCUCAGCGUUCCUGUCGUGGAGAGCAAUGCCUUGCGUUCCUCUCACACGAAUGUUUCCAUUAUUUCUGAACUCUCCACAAAAUCCAGCGUAUCAGCCGUAUCUGAGCUCUCCUCGAAGUCUGAAACAACAGCUCAGUCAAAUGUGCUAUCAAAGAGCCCACAUAUCUCAAGAACUAGACGUCCCCCGAGAACCAGACGCUCUAUCAAAUCAGACGUGGAGCGAUCAGUGAGCUCCUCACGGUCCUCAAGGAUCAGCAGAUCACAUUUAAACCACAAGAAAGCGUCCUCCCCAUCUAAAGGCACUACACAUCACUUCAUCAAGAACUCCUACCUCUGAAUAUCUAAGCUUGGAUUACUGAAUCUGGUUAUGAUCUGGAAAAGACUUCCAAUCACAGUUACACAAAACUAAGAUGUUCAGUGUAGAUGUCACUCAUAACAAAACAAACCUUUACUGGACAACUGAACAGUGUUA